AUGGCGUCUUCUUCAAAUUCAUCGAUUCACAAGAGCUUUAAGUAUGAUGUGUUUUUGAACUUCAGAGGUGAAGACACACGCAGCAACUUCAUCGAUCAUCUUUAUUAUGCUCUUCAGCAGAAAAGCAUUUACACUUACAAGGACGACGAGAGAAUCAAGAAAGGGGAAAGGAUCAGUGAUGAGCUCUUGGGAUCUAUUGAAGACUCAAAAUUCUACAGCAUUGUAUUCUCCAAGAACUAUGCAUCUUCGUCUUGGUGCUUGGAUGAGCUGUUGAAGAUAAUAGAGUGUCAGAAGACAACCGAGCAUACAGCUUACCCUGUCUUCUAUGACGUGGAACCCUCAGAAGUCCGCAAACAGAGUGGAGCAGUUGGAGAAGCCUUUGCCAAACAUGGAAACGAAGAGGCUGCUGGAAAAUGGAGAGAGGCUCUUAAAGAAGCUGCGGAUCUGGCCGGGUGGGAGUUGAAGAACACUGCUGAUGGAGAAGAAGAUGAUGUGGCACCCAUACCCACCAGCCUAAGAAGUGGUUUUGAUGAUGAUGUUGGCAUGAUCGGUAUCAAGGGGAUGGGAGGUGGUGGGAAGACGACUUUGGCCAGAGCGGUUUUUGAUCAAAUAUCUAAUCAGUUUCAAGGUAAAAGCUUCGUUGAGAAUGUUAGGGAAGUUUCAAAGGCAUCCAUGUCGGGCUUGAAAUCGUUACAAAAUCAAUUCCUGUCAGAUGUCUUAAAUGAAAAAGGUGUCAGGGUAAGUAGUGUUCAUGAUGGGAAAAACAUGAUCAAGAGGGUGAUGCGUAGUAGAAAGGUUCUUGUUGUUCUAGAUGAUGUGGACCAUAUAGACCAGCUUGAGGCAUUAGCCGGUGAGUCGAAUUGGUUUAAACCGGGAAGUGCAGUUAUCUUUACAACAAGAGAUGAGCAAGUGCUUGUAGCACACGGAGUGAAGUUGAUUUGUAAUGUCAAACUGUUAUCCGAUACAGAAGGAAUUUGCCUCUUCAAUAGGUAUGCAUUUGGGAGAGUGAUUCCAAUUGAAAGGUAUACACGACUAUCAAAACAAGUCAUACGUUAUGCUGGUGGUCUUCCCUUAACAAUAAGAGUUUUGGGUUCGUUUCUUUGUGGUAAAAAUGAGCUUGAAUGGAUGGAUGCCAUAGAAAGGCUAAAAACAAUUCCAUUAAUGAAAACUAUGAAAAAGUUGGAAUUAAGCUAUAUUGGUCUAGAGGAGGAUUACAAACAAAUAUUCUUGGAUGUUGCAUGCUUGCUGCAAGGUGAGCCAAAAUAUUUGGCACUAGAAGCACUUGAAAGCUGUGGAUUUUACGCUAGAAAUGGUUUAAGAGUUCUUGAGCAAAGAUCUCUCAUAACCAUUGGUGAUAAGCAUGUGGGCAUGCAUGACCAUAUUAGAGAACUGGGUAGGAAUAUUGUUCGUCGUUUGCACCCCGAUAAGCCCAAAAAACACAGCCGAUUGUGGAUUGAAGAAGAAAUUGAAGAUAUAUUGGCUAAUGACUUGGGUACCAAAGCAACAAGAUGCAUACGAUACUCCACACAUAAAAUCAAUCCGGAAAUUCGUAUGAUUAAAGGUCUUAGAAAGAUGCAGGCACUUGGAUUUCUUGACAUGUUUUUGGGAAUUUUUUUCUGGGAGUUUAAAGAUAUCAUACUAUACCUUCCGGAUGCUUUGCGAUAUUUGCGUUGGAGCUUGUACCCUUUUAAGUCUUUACCCAAAACAUUUCAACCAAAUAAUCUUGUUGCACUAAGUAUGCCUUACAGCAGAAUCGUACAACUUUGGGAAGGGGGAGAAAGAAAGGUUCUGAACAAGCUCAGAUUCCUUAACCUUGAUUAUUCAGACCUAAAGACCCUUGACCUUGAACUGACUCCAAAUCUAGAGAAAUUGACUCUUGAAGGAUGUCAUAUUUUGGUAGAACUUCACAUGUCUGUUGCAUGUCUAAAGCUGAGAUCCUUCUACCUCAGUGAUUCAAAGUUGAGGACCCUUGACUUUCGGUCGACUCCAAAUCUUGAGGUGUUAGAUCUUGAUAUUUGCAAGGAUUUGGUAGAAGUUCAUAUGCCAGAUAGAUGUGUUAAUCUCAGAUCCCUCCAACUCACUAAUUCAAAGUUGAGGACCCUUGACCUUGGGUUGACUCCCAAUCUCAAGGAUUUAUGUCUCACAUUCUGUUAUGAUUUGGAACAACUUCACAUGGCCGAUGAUGGAUGUCAAAAGCUUGCAUCCCUUACCAUCAGUCAUUCAAAGAUGAGGUCCCUUUGCCUCUGGCUUACUCCAAAUCUGCAGUAUUUAAACCUUAAUCAUUGUUCUUUGCUUGAGAGGCUAACUUUGUUAGAUACAAAGAUUAAGCAUUUUCCAGAUAGCAUCUACACAUUGAAACAUCUGAAAAUUCUCCAACUUAUAUCUUGUGAGCUUGAGAAGUUACCUGAGGAUAUUGACCGAUUAGAAUGUUUACACGAUUUAUUAGUCACCAAGUGUAAACAUUUACGAAAUCUCCCCAACAAAAUCUGUAAGAUGAAACGUCUAAAAUAUCUCAAUCUCCGCUAUUGUAUUCAAGUUGCAAAAUUGCCCGAGGGAAUUGGACAUUUAGAAUGUCUAAAAGAGUUGGAUAUAGAAGGUACAUCCAUAAGUUAUCUUCCACAGAGCAUUCUUUUGUUGAAAGGUGUGCGCAUUUAUGGGUCAAGAGAGCUUCUUCAGUUGUGUGGCUUUACAUCCGAGAUACAAACCUCAGGAUGUGGAUUCUACUGCUACGUAGAGGUGUAA